UCUACUUGAAGGUUCUCGUAACUGCUACAAUAAACUACUUUUCUGUGCUGUCAUAAAUCAUACGUUAAAUGAUGACCGUCGCAAGAUUUUCCUCUCGUUCACACAUUCACCAGAGCUUCUUCAGUAUGAAUAGCAAAAUCGAUCACAUUGCACUAAUUUUUAUCCGAAAUCUGCCGUUAAUUUUGCAGUCUUGAAUUAAUUUUCCAUUCGUGUUGAGCUGCCGAUUUUCCCCUAAUAUUUCCGAGUGACAGGAAAAGGAAUCUGUUUCUGAGGCAUAUCUUCUUGAGAGAAAAAAAAAGGCCUGGCAAUGGCUUUGCACCUUCAACCCACGACUGCAGUGGCUCGUAGCAAACAAAUUCAGGAACACGAUGACGAGGAUUCGGGGGCUUUGUCGAUGUUGGAGUCGUUGGCUGAUUCGGAAGCUUGUCCGUGCGGAAACCGGAACAAGAUUCCGACGAUUAUUAAGAAGCAAUUGGUGGACCAGUUACGAGCCGUAAAGGGAGAUCAUACUGAGGCUGACAACGGCGAACAACGUCAGUUGGUAGCUGAUAAACCGUCCGAUGUACCAAAAGCUUCUGGUGAUGACCCGAGCUUUUCCGUGGAUAAACGCGAUCGUGCCACGUCACCACAAACGGAAUCUGUACCGAAGAUUGUGGAUGUGCCGGUCAUCAGGAAUGAGUUGCAAGUUCACGCUGCGACUCAAUUUCCAGAAGUUGAAAUUGGCACGGAGUGUCCUUUUGCUUUCCAAGACUUUUACCCUGGUUCAAUAAAUGAAGAAGAAAGGCGCGGCAAUCAAAAGCAAGUGCUGCGACAUCGAAACUUACCGGUUUUGCUCGCCAAGGCAAACAUGUGGCUUCAAGAACAUCCCGAAUUUUCGGUCCAUUCAGUGGAGGUUAUAACAGCAGAUGUUCGUUGUGCUGAUUUGGAUGCUAGCAAAAUUUCUGCGCGCUUCGAGGACAAUUUCUCUUCCAUCACGUGCUUCAAGGGAUUGAGGUUUUGGCUGAAAGAAAAUGUGAAUUGCAUCAUCAAAAAACAGGUUAUCGGGCAUUUUUAUGCGAAAGCACCGACAAGCCAAACGAUGAGGAGAGACAAUCAGCACAAGAGACUUCCCGACCUUGUUCAGGAGUUGAAUGCUAUCGCGAAGGAGCAAAAAAUUCGCGGAAAG